AAUCUAACCAGAAUACAAUAUAGAUAUGAAUAGACAAAAUACGUUAUAUAUAUGUACAUCCAUAGAUCCAUAUGUUGUAGGUCAGUAUUUCAUUUGAUUUGUUCCUUAUUCACACUUAACGUUUCUAUGAUGAAGAUAAAAUGCAAUUUCAAUUAUAUCUUCAUUAUUAUUAUUAUCAUCACCAUCAUAAUUAUGUGUAAUGAAAAUGCAAUGAUUGUGCAUUCAUGAAACAUACACUAGAAUAACCAAACCAGCAACAUAAACACACAAACACACACUUACAUACAGACACCCUCACAAAUAAACAAACAAAGAUCAUCUGUCAGUUUGAACAUCAGAAUUCCAUUGUACAAAUGUAUAAUUAGAUCUUAAUAUUCAAUCAUAUAUGUAUUUAGAAACUUGUUAAAGGAUCUCUUAUCCAAAUGACAAUGAUCUUCAAUUAAAAUGGAUCUAUACAAAAUAUGUUGGAUCAAUUAUUGAAUAAUAUGUCUAAUUAUACAAAUCUAUAUUUCAUUAUUAGUAAUCAUACUACUACUACUAAUACUACUCCGUCUUCUCCUCAUCCUGCUCCACCUUCUCAUCCAACUACGACGACUACUACAACGACGACGACAACAACAACACCAACGAUUCCUACUACUCAUCAUACUACUUAUAUCAUCCCUAUUACAUUAUCGAAACAAAAUGAAUUAGAUUUAGAAUAUUUAGAUCAUAUAUUAUCUAUAAUGCGUUUAAUAUGUGGUAAAAUUUUAACUCCCUUAUUAUGUUUAAUUGGAUUUAUAUCCAAUAUUAUUAAUAUUAUUAUAUUAACAAGAGAAUGGAUGAGUUCAUCAACUAAUAUUUAUUUAACUGCUGUAUCUAUAUGUGAUUUAUUAUAUUUAUUAUUUACUUAUUUAUUUUCAUUAUGGUUAUAUCCAUCUAUUCAACAAUUAACUUUAUAUGCAUAUAGUAUUACAUAUAUACAUGGUACUGCUAAUUUAUUUAGUAAUAUUACUACAUGGCUUACAGUAAGUUUUACAUUAGAACGUUAUAUUGUUAUAUCAUCACCUAUAUUAGGUAAACGUUAUUGUACUAAACAACGUGCACGUUAUGUUAUUAUUAUUAUAUUAAUUAUAUGUUUUUUAAUAACAUUACCAGAUUAUUUUAAAAAAACCAUCAAAUAUAAUCAUACUACUUAUAAUACUACUCAUAAUAGUAGUAAUCAUCAUAAUCAAUUAAUCAAUAAUUCAACCAAUAUAACAAUCAAUAAUAAUCAUCAUCAUAAUAAUAAUCAAUAUUUAGUUGUUGAUACACAAAUCAAUAUUAUUUUAAUUAAAAUUGGUUAUGAUUAUAUUAAUCAAAUUAUAUUUAUUAUAUUACCAAUGAUAUUAUUAAUUAUAUUUAAUAGUUUAUUAAUAAGAUCUGUGAUGAAAGCCAAUUAUGAUCGAAGAAUAUUGAUCAAACAAGGUAAUAAUAAUAAUAAUAAUAAUAAUAAUUGUAUACCAUCGAUCAAUAUUAUAAAUGAUCCGAAAAAUAUUGAUUUAUUACCGAAUAGUAAUACAAAUAUCAAUACUUCUAAUGAUAAUAAUGAUAAUAAUGGACGUCAAUAUAGUAUGGUUCAAUUAAAUCAAGAAGCUACAACAAGUCAUAAUGUACCAGCAAUUGUACGUGAUGCAUUAGAAGCAAGUAUGAGAACAACAAUUGGUAUUACAUCUAGUAUAACACAAUCCUAUCGAUCAAUGAAUUAUCAAACAAAUUUAUUACCAAUUAUGAAUAUUAAAAAAGGUACAAAAUUAGGUGAACAACAUCGUAUUACAUUAAUGUUAAUUACAAUUGUUAUAGCAUUUGUAUUAUUACAAUUACCAAGUAUGGUACCAACAAUAAUAAUGAAUUUAUGGAAUACUGGUAUAAUACAAUCAACACAAUAUACAACUAAGUGCCUAUUAAUUUAUGCAAAUAUAUCAAAUGUAUUAUUAAUUAUUAAUGCUGCAUUAAAUUUUGUAUUUUAUUCAUUAUUUUCAGCAAGAUUUCGUCAAACAUGUUAUAUACUAUUGAAAAAUAUUACUUGUUUAAAACAUUUUUUAUAUCAAUAAUACUUAUACUACUAUGAAUACUACUUAUAUCAAUAAUCAUAAUUAAUCAUUUGAUAAAACAUUAAUUCAUGAUGAUAAACUUUCAUUGAAAUAAUUCUGUUUCUAAGUACAAUUAUGAAUGGGUAUCCAUGAUAAAUAUUCAUAGUAACUGAAUGUUAUGAGUAUAGAUCAAAGUCAACUCAUCUAUCCUGUGAGUAUACAUAGAUAAUCUUUGGAACAGAUUGAUGUUUACUGAAGAAAAAUCUAUCUAUAUAUAACUAUAGUAAUUUUCCAAUAGAAGAAUCUAGAAUGUUCCAAGAAGAUGAAAUCAUGGAAUUCAUUGAAAGUAAUCCAAGUAUUCAUGGUAAUGUUCUCAUCAUGAAUAACACAAACAAACAGAUAUAAUUAUGAUGUAAAUUGUUUUCCUUAUAUAUAUACAUAUAUAUAACCUAUUGUUGAACAUAUAUGCAUGGAUAUACAUUGUGAAUGACUUGUAUUUUCACAGCUUAUUAUUGUUUCAUUUGCCUAGUAGAAGUAUAGAUGAUAAAUAUAUACAUAUAUAUUGUAAGUAAAGAA